AUGACGCAACUAGAAACAGAAGGAUCAUCAACUGAACAACAAACAGCUACUGUAUCCCCGUCGGAUGAAGGUCUUCCCAGCAAAUCGACCAAGGAGACUGCAGCGUGUCACGAAUUACAAACUCCAUGGACGUUUUGGUACGAUAGGAAGGUGCGCGUUUCAUACAGCAGUGGGAGUGGAGGGCGCAAGGAAUCUGAUAUGUUAAUGGAUUCCGCACACUACGCGAAGAAUUUGAAGGAAAUCCACACGUUUGAGACUGUUGAAGAGUUCUAUAGAGCUUUUGCUUUCAUCAAAAAGCCUUCAGAACUUCCUACUGAUUUCAACAUCUCGCUUUUUCGUCGAGGAUCCAAACCUAUGUGGGAGGUAUCUGAUACAUUUAAGACCAGUUGA